AUGAGCUUUUUUCAGAAGCAAUUCACUCUUCCUGCCAAGUCACGGGGUUCAUACCUCAUAACUGACCAGGUUGUGUCUUCACUUCCCGAAAUUCGGGAUUACAAGAUUGGCCUUCUGAACCUUUUCGUUCAACACACGAGCUGUGCUUUGAGCUUGAACGAGAACUGGGACUCUGAUGUUCGGGAGGAUAUGAGCGAUGCUCUUGACAGAAUCGCGCCAGCUGAAGGACCCAAGGGGGAGGCUCUAUACCGUCAUGAUGCGGAGGGCCCAGACGAUAUGCCUGCCCACAUCAAGUCUGCACUCAUUGGGGCGAGCGUUACUAUUCCCAUUAAGGAUGGAAAGCUUGCUACAGGAACUUGGCAGGGAAUCUGGUACCUCGAGUUCCGUGCCGCUCGCCACCAGAGACGGGUCGUCGCAACUAUCCAGGGGGAAAAGGCUUGA